CAGCCGAGUUGGGCCAGACGCGUCUGAGUGGAUUGUUUGACCACGGGCAAUUUUUUUAGUAUCUUUCUACUCUCACACUACCUAGGUAGUCUGAUUGAAAAGCCCUCUUUCUCGCUCGGCAAUACUACCCUACUGUAUUAUCUGGAUGGUCGAGACUGUGAUGUGCAAAGUUGCUGUUUCUCAUCAUCAUCAGUACUUUGAUACGGCUGAUACUAGAAGUGUAGUCUUUGCUCAAGUGAUCCGUCGUAGUGCGAUUUCAGUUCGUUUGAAUAACGAUUAUCCGGAAUAAAUCCUCCGUAAUGCAUCUUGAAGCCUAGCUGAAUCGACGGUUGACCAGGAAACACUCGAACGGAUGAUAUCCGACUCGUGUAGAAGUGGAUAAAAUUCAAAGGAAAAUUCACCAAUAGAUUGCGUGCUAGGACUAGAACGUGAAAAACUGCUCCCCAUUGCCCUGGGGAAAAUAGGUACAAACAAGCUUUAACUGAUCUAUAUUGAGCAGUACGGCCUAGAGCCGAUAGAAAUCAAAAUGCGCGUGGAAAUGAAUCUGGAUGUCAAAGAAAUCCACAACCAUGUGGACGACAUCGACAGUCGUAUCGCGGAGUUCAAACAGGACUCGGAGAAGAUGGAUGAGCUGAAUGGGUUUGUGGACGAUGUGCUCAAUGAGGCACAGCGAAGUGCGGAAGAUAAAAUGCAGGAUCAAGUGUCUGAGGACAGGCCUAAGAAUGGCAAUAAACUGUUGACGGGCUUGAAACAGCACCGUGUUGUGACGCGCACUCGAGGCUUGGUGCUUAGAAUAUUCGAAGCAAUAUGCAAUUGCACGAAUUCGGCAACAAUACCUGGGCAAAGACCCGCCGGGCCAGCUCCAACCGUUGCUCCAGCUGAUACUAGCAAAUAGAAAGCAACUGCGCUCCGCUCGAAACUCAGACAUCUAUUCUGUAGCAGUAUAGUAACGCGUAAAAACACAUAAUCAUUAACUGUGAAACAAGGUUUUCCCAUCAAUACGAUGUAUAAUGUAUCCCCAAGGAUAAACGGCAAAGUAUAUUAUAAUCCACGGAUUAUUCGGUGUCAUAAUUAUCAUGAAAUGGUAUAGUGUGUAAAGAAAUCACACAUUCAAAAUGUGCUGUGUAUCUAAAGCGAUAUCUUCGUAGCUAUCUAACAUGUAGUAACGCUGUAAGAAUUUUUGAAUAACUGUAGCGACAUUGUAAGGCAAAAGUUUUGAAAAAACUCUACACACUAUCUGAUUAUUUUAGUCCCAUUUUGAGAAUACUUAUAAUCAAACUUUAUUUAAUAGACUAUACAAACAAAAGGAACGUUUCUGGUUCAUUUUUGAUACAGCCAUUUUAAAUAUUGGCCAAUCGCACACAUUGAUAGGGCAAAUUCAUUUGCAGUAAUUUAUUCAUCACAAUUACAGAUGAGGUCCAAUUCGAACGCAAUCAAAAUUUAAAAAAGAAAACAGAUAACCGACACAGGUGCGAGUGAAAAUGUUUUAUAUCAAAAUCGUAAAAAAUUAGGAAAUAAGUUGAAAUAUCGAAAGAAUCCACCGAGAAUGAAGGAAUCAUCAACGCGUCAGCCAUUAUUUCACUUGCACCAGCGUCAACGCGAGAGCGUCGCAAUCUUUUGUUAUGUCAAUGUUGAGUUACUUUGAAAUUUCACCACAUUUAUUGACAAUCAAACCUUGAAGCAAUACCACACCGAAUCAAAAUAGUCAUUCAAGAGCAAAUUUUGAAAAUAGUAUUAUACUCAUUUAAUUUGUUGUUUAUUUCUCUUCAAAAUGGAAAUCCUGAUUUUAUAUAAGAAACAUGAAUUCCGUUGCUUCCAUACUCGAAAAAAUACCUACACACUUUUCAAAAUUGUACUUGCUUUGAUCUAGUUUGGUGGUUCAUUAGUGUAUUUUAUUAGACCGGCUCAAAUUUGCAGUUUGUUAGCUUCGAACGGUUUUCAGGUUCCUCGAUGUGCAUAAGCAAGUUUUCAUGCGGUGCUAGUUAUGUUGCGAGGCAAGCUGUAGCAAAAAGUUUUCAUUGAUAUUUACAUCGUAAAAGUGACAACUUCCAUUUGAAAUCUUCCUAGCACAACUAAUUUUUCAGUUUUCUGUGCUACCCAAGUAAAAAUUAAUUAUUUAAAGAUUUUUAUGUUUAUAUAGGCCAAUGAAGAUAUUUAAUGAAAUAUUUGUUGUGUGGUCCUUUGUAAGAAUUCUAUACAGGGUGCUCUACAAGUUCAAAUCCAAAUUAUAACCACGUUAGUUUUAAAUCAACUGGUCAGAGUUGAUUAGUUUCUAUUGGAAUAGAAAGACAAUUUUAUAUUUAAUGUUUAACCACAAAAUAUGUUUUGAAACAUUCUAUUUUUAAUCAUUAUAACGAGUUCAGACCUUUCUCUAGUCCAUCGUUUUGCGGCACACUUCUUCGUUAAGGACUAAUUUUAUGGAUAUUUCGUACCAAAUACGAAGAAAUAAGGUUUUCAGUGAGAUAACUUUAGAUACCCUGUUUUCGAGUAUUCUUAAAAACAUCAAUGAAUGAUCAACAUAAAUAAUCCAAAGGAGCCAUAUUUGAUGAACAAGGGUUAGUUCAUUUUAGUCUAAAACAUCGGUUAAUGGUCCUGGCCAAUACUUGCCAAGAUCUUAUGUUUUAGAAUUGAUUGAUUUUAUUUUUUGGAAAAUUCAACAGAAGUUAUUUUGAAAAAAAUGUUAGGCCAUUUUCUUGUGCUAUGCUGCCGUUCCAAGCAAAACUGUCCCAUGCGACUUUUGGGUCAUUUUCUCGGUCUCAUUUUCUGUUAACUUUCGAAUGAAAACACAAACAAGUUUACUUUGUUUUGAACUUAUACGAAAUUGAUAUAUUGUUGAUAUUUCUACGCAAGAAUGACACGCUACAGAAAAUUCUAUUAAAAACGCAAAUUUUAUCAAAAAAUGCACUUAAGAUGAGUUUAAACUGUUGAAUAUAAUAGAUGAAGUUAUGAGCUUUCGUCACGAAUUUGAAUAAGAAACUUCAGCAAUAUUUUUUUUAUUUAUUAUUUCUUUAUUUCAUUCUUGCAACGUAAGAUUACAAUCUUUUUUAUGUUGCAAGAAUGAAAUAAAGAAAUAAAAAAUAAAUAUUUGUCCUGCUUUCACUGGAAACGCUCGUAUCCGGUAUAAAAUCUUCAUUGAUUUUAGAAGAAUCUCAUUCGAAAUCAGAAAAAGUCACAAACAAGUCAAAAAAUGUUCUACCUUUUGAAAAAAAGGUAGACAAGAAACGUUUCAAUAGUUUUCAUAAAUUCUUCAAAAAAAAUCUUUCUUUCGUAGAUUUGUAUUCUUUCACAUGGGGCUGUCACAUUUAUUUGCCCAACUGUGCCCACUGUGCAAAAGCAGUGUACGGAUCAUCUUUCAGAAGCCUGUGUAUCUGUUCACUUAUGUGUAAAUUUAUUUACAGCAUUCAAGUUAGCUUUCCUGUUAAAAUGAAGGUUUGGUUAUAAAUCGACUGUUAUCAAUGGAAACAUAACAAAUAUUUUGAAAUUUGUUUGCCAAAUUUCGCAACAUGGGUACUUGACUUCAUCCUCCAAGUGAGAACUCGUUACAGGUGGAAAGAAUCCGCCUAGAAAGUAUCUACGCAGGGUUCAUUCCAAGUGUCCUAAGGAAACAUUCUCCAACUUUGUUCUACUCGGUUCCUCACUGAUGAUCAUUGAAAAAUCAAAUCAAUAGUUCUAUUUGAAAGGAGAGAAUAAGAAGUACACUCACUGACUGUUUCUUAGACACAAAUCGCCUAGAUUUUGGAAAAAAUAAACAUUCCAAUUGAACUUCAGCGAAAUUGUGAACAAAAAUCUCUAAUGAGUGCCCAACAGUAAUACAGGUAAUACAGACUAAGAGAAUGUAUUAUGACUUGUUUGUUUUGUAUUCAGAAUAGGAAUGAUGAAAAUUUUCUAGUUUGUUACUGCAUAGCCAUUACAGCAAGUCAUGGCUUUUUCGACUUUUCCUUUUUCUCCCAUUAAGAGCAAGUUCACUGGUGUUGGGACUAAGUGGUAGAAGUUUUGUCACUUUUUGCACAUUUUGAAAAUUUUGCCAUACAAAAACAUUUUCAAGAUCUGUGGCUUUCAAGUUUUUCUACAACACGUGUUGUAUUUUCGCAUGCUGUGAUGCAAAAAUAGCAAUAUUUCUAUCACAAACGGCUGAAAUAGAAACAGUGCUGUAAAAAAUACAACGCCCAGAGAUCUUGAAAACAUUUUUGCAUGGUAAAAUUUCCGGAAUGUCAAAAUUUCUUUUUUUCAACAAAAAGUGGUACAAAUUUUGACAUUUUGAAAAUUUUUCCAUGCAAAAAUGUUUUCAAGAUCUUUGGGAGUUGUAUUUUUUUUACAGCACUGUUUAUAUUUCGGCCGUAUGUGAUAGAAAUAUUGCUAUUUGUGCAUCACAGCAUGCGAAAAUACAACACGUGUUAUAAAAAAAAUUUGAAGGCGACAGAUCUUGAAAAUGUUUUUGCAUGGCAAAAUUUUCAAAAUGUACUAAAAGUGUCAAAAUUUCUACCCCUCUUUCCGUACACCAGUGAACUUGUUCUAAGAAAGAUCGUAAUAGUUUAUUAGUCAAUUUGGAAGCCUCCGAUUUCGAACUGGACGGUUAGGGGGACUGGCCAGGAGACUGUAAAUGGUUCUUGAUUGUUUCUGUAUCUUGAAAAUCAUCAUCUGCUUCACCUUCUGGUACGAUUGGAAGAUCUGGAGGAGCGGUUAAUUCAUCUACAUUCUCAGGAACAUCAGGCACCAUUGAUUGGAGGUUCUUCAGCCGAUGGGUGUGCGAGCAAAUGCGUAGAUGUGCGAGACGUCCGGUAUCCACAGCAAAACGUUGUAAUUCACUCGACAUCUGCGCUUUCGACAUCUGCGCUGCGAUCGUUUCAGGAACCUUUGCGUAGACCGGGUCAUUCGCGGCGAGCUUCCGCAGGCGAAUUUCGAUGGUGUGUUGAAAUUUUCCAUAAAUUUAUGAUGAAAACAAGAAAAUUAGAUUGAGACACCCCACUCUCCCCUACUUAUUUCACUAAAACGUUAACUUCUUCAAAAUACAUUAAAGAAAUUUUCUUCUAACAUUCCUUUUUGAAUUCUUCACUCUAGAAAAUCUUAGAAAUUUACAACAAGUUUGUUGACAGAAAAAAGAUCAAAUAUACGGUCACACAAAUGUACGAGUUAGCACAAAUGUCGCAGGCAUGAGUGCGUAGUCCAAUCUAGUGUGCUGCGAUUAAUAUUGUUUUCCAUACUAUCUUAAAAAUAAUUUCAACAGUUUGUAUUGAAAACUCGCUUCAUGUCAAGUUGCUUUUGAGACUUCUAAAAGAACUAGAAACCGUUUAAAACAUUAAUUUCAGUAGACUAAAAGUUAUUUAUGUGAUUUGAGUUUUGAAGUUUCUAUGACGGAUGAAAUAUUUUAAUAAAGUGUAUAACUGUCUGGCGCUAAAUAAAGAUAAGUCGUACUCAACAUCA